ACCCAUACAUGAUCCUCAACCAUUAGACCCAGCAAAAAUUCACCCGACUCGUCAACCCAACCUUAACUCGACCCGAAAAAAGGGGUUAAGGUAAUAUGGAGUUGAUUAGGUUACGACUGGAAAUGAAGUGUCAAGCUUUUCUUAGUGUAGGUAUAAAGAUAAGGAAAUACACCAGUGGCCAAAGUACCUCAAACUUUGAUUUCACUGACCUCACGAAGAAACGCAAGGUUUUCCUGCAUGUGGACCCCACCAAUGGUGGUAAAACAUACCAUGCUUUGAAGCGGCUUGAGUCAAGUGCUUCAGGUAUAUAUUGUGGUCCUUUAAGAUUGUUGGCAUGGGAAGUGGCAAAACGAAUGAACAAGGCAAAAGUUCCUUGUGAUCUAAUUACAGUACAAGAGAGAGACGAAGUUGAUGGUGGAAGGCACAAAGCUGUCACAGUGGAGAUGGCUGAUGUAACCUCCCAUUACCAUUGUGCUGUUAUUGAUGAAAUACAGAUGUUGGGCCGUAAAACAAGGGGUUUUUCAUUCACACGUGCUCUAUUGGGAAUUGCUGCUGACGAACUUCAUCUUUGUGGCGAUGCAGCUGCUGUUCCUCUUAUUCAGGAAGUGCUGAAAGUGGUCAAUGAUAAUGUAGAGAAGCAAAUUCAGGAUGGGGGGAAACAUCUUUGCUCUGUGGUUUUUGGUUCAUUGCCACCAGAGACUCGUACAAGACAGGCAAUGAUGUUUAAUGAUGAAACUAGUGAGUUUGAUGUGCUUGUGGUCAGUGAUGCAAUUGGGAUGGUUCUUAAUCUGAAUAUUUCAAGGAUCAUAUUCUGCACUAUGAAAAAGUUUGAUGGUGUUGAAAUGAGGGAGCUUACAGUACCAGAGAUAAAGCAGAUUGCAGUUAACUUGGAAAUCUAACUAAAAUUUCAACAUAGUUGGCGUUUGGAUUGGCAGAGCUGGCCGGUGUGGAUCCAAAUUUCCUGUUGGUGAAGUGACUUGUUUACAUGCAGAUGACCUACCAUUGCUUCAUUCAUCAUUAACGGCCCCAUCCCCUAUUCUAGAGCGAGCUGGACUGCUUCCAAGCUUUGAUCUAUUGUAUAUGUAUUCACGUUUGCAUCUGAAUAGUGGUUUCAACCAGAUAUUGUUAGGAAUUCCAAUUUUGAAAGUCCUUCCUUUUGUCAUUUUGAGAAAAUAGGUGUAAUUUGUUUGCCUAUCAAAUUUGCAAUGUAUUUAGUAGGAGAAGCAGAAACUUGGAAAGCAAGACAGAGCUGUAAUACCCAUCUCGUAAUUUAUACUUAAAGUUGGAUUCUUGGGAGCUUGUAGUUCUUUUGCAAUACUAAUGCGGCUACUAGAGUUAAUUAAGUCAAUUGGGUAUUAUUAUUGGUAUUGGGUCUUUGUUCCUUUUGUUAUAUUUGCUUUUUUUUGAAGUUCACCAUCUGGCAGGUAAUAUGGAGUUGAUUAGGUUACGACUGGAAAUGAAGUGUCAAGCUUUUC